GGGAACAUUGUUUUCGGGUUGGCAGCGCUGGCGACGUUUGUUCCGCCGGUGUGAAUAGCGACUCGGGCGUGAAACCUUGCGAUAUGAUCGGAUUGUGACGGACGAUAAUUCGCGUCACGGUUAGGAUGAGCCACGCGAUUUGAGCGCGUUAUCUGUUUUCUUUACGUUCUUUCUUCCUUCUUUCUUGUUCUGUUUCUCGUUCCCGAGAACGACGAGCGAGCGCACUCGCAACCAGGAGGGAAACUGGACGCCGUGGAAACGCGGGUCUGCGAGGAUGAGCCUCAGCCUGACGAAGCUGUUCUCGAAGAAGAAGAGCGGCACCGUCAACGACACUGUGGCCGCGGAGAUCGGUCUGCCGACCAACGUUUCUCACAAGUUCCACGUGAGCAAGAAUGCGGAGACCGGCCAGCUGGAAGGUCUGCCGGACCCAUGGAUACGUCUGCUCAACACGCAGAUCUCCAAGUCGGAGCAGAACGAGCACCCGGAUGCCGCGCUGCAGGCGAUCAAAUUCUACAAUUACUCGAUCAAGCGUAGACCGCAGGACCAGGAGGUGUUCAAGCCGUUCGUCACCGAGGACCUGAUCGAGGAGGAGUCCCAGGCGAUCGACAAUAUCCUGGCGAAGAAGUCGCAUUAUGAGUCUGACGAUGACAUCUUGAUUAUCGAGAGCGCUGGCUCGAACGACGACGACGAGCAGAAAGAACGGAGGCUGCCCGAGCUACCACCCAAGUUGAACAAACCAGUGAAGCCACCUAAGCCGGCACCGCGCAACUGUAACAGUCGAGCGGAGAAGACCCUCACCGAGAUACUGGAGGAUCUGAACACGUUUCAGAUAGACGACGAGACGGAGGCGAGCGAGGAGAAGGACGUCGCACCGUGCGGAGUCGAGAGGAUCGAGGAGAGUCCUGUCCUGCGUAGGAAAACCGAGUGCAACGACGUAAAGCUCAGCGAUGAACAGGUGUAUGAGGAGUUGCGGGCUAUCUGCCAGCGCGGGGAUCCCAAUCUACGCUUCCAGAGGACCAAAGAGGUAGGCGCCGGUGCUUCCGGCACGGUAUUCAUAGCCACUGAUCUCCAGCACGGCGAGAAGGUUGCCAUAAAGGACAUAGACUUGUCGAAACAACCGAAGAAAGAACUGAUACUAACCGAAAUCAAGGUGCUCAAGGAGUUCCAUCAUCCGAAUCUGGUCAAUUUCCUCGAUGCCUACCUAGUGGACGAGCAUCUCUGGGUGGUGAUGGAGCUGUUGGAGGGUGGUCCGCUCACGGACGUCGUCACCGAGACCGUGAUGAAGGAGAUCCAGAUCGCAGCCGUUUGCCGGGAAGUCCUGAAGGCGAUUAGUUUCCUGCACACUAAGGGCAUAAUUCACAGGGACAUUAAAUCGGACAAUGUGCUGCUGGGGAUGAACGGCUCGGUGAAGGUGACGGAUUUCGGUUUCUGUGCCAACAUCGACGGUGACGAGAAACGGCAGACUAUGGUCGGCACCCCGUACUGGAUGGCGCCUGAGGUGGUGACGCGGAAGCAGUACGGCAAGAAGGUGGACAUCUGGUCGCUCGGCAUAAUGGCCAUCGAGAUGAUCGAGGGGGAACCUCCUUACAUGAAGGAGACGCCGUUGAGAGCGUUGUACCUGAUUGCUGCCAUCGGCAAACCUUCCAUUCCCAGAUGGGACAGUCUCAGUCCCACAUUCCAAAAUUUUUUAGAGAGAUGUCUCGCCGUGGAGGUCGAUGAGCGAGCGACAGCCGACGAGUUGCUCUCUCAUCCGUUUCUGGAAAACUGCGCCGAACUGUCCACGCUUACUCCUCUGAUCCGGGCGGCGCAGAGAAUUCUGCAAAAGGCGUUUCACUAGAUACUUGUAAAGAAUUUUGAAUCACAUUCAUAAUAAUGAUGGCUCGUAACGCUUCGUCGAGGCAUAAACUAAAGGCUAAAAACGAGGUAUUUUAUGAUUAUUAUUGUAUUCAACUUUACUGCUUUAAGUUUACUUUGUGACUGCCGGUUGUUUUUCAUUCUAUCGUGCUGAUUUAAUAGUAUACGUGAAGCCAAAGCAUAGUCCACUUGAUAGUCAUUUUUUGAAGAUUAUUUUCUUUAUUCAAAAGAUAUCAAAAGAAUCUACAAAUGGUUAUCUUUGACCUGUGCUACUUAACUUAUAUCGCGAUUAUUGUUACAAGAUGAGAUAUCAUUUGAGAAUGUAUUUUGAUCAAUUUCAAACUUUUUUUAAGAUAAGUCGCCUAGUUUUUAUGUGCAAUUUGUAAUUUAAGUAUUUUCUCGGGUGUUUUUCGCUCAAUAAUAAUGCGCAUUAACAUGCAUUCUCCUAUUAGCAUUCAGUAUUUAUCAAAACAGCACAUCGAAAACAAACAAAAUGUAUGUCUUUUAGCUGUAAAUAACAAGUGCAACAAAAUAGACUUUUCACAUCUCUCUUGAGAAAUGAACCAGAUAUAUACAUUUGAAACGCGUAUUUUACAAAAAAGUAACAAGUUUCAUAAAUAUUUUCUUAGAAAUUUUGUACUUAGAUUAUUAAAUAAAAAAUAUGAGAUAUUAAAAUCAAUUAUUAACAAUUUCUGACUAUAUCAAAUUUUAACUUAGCUUUUUCCGAGAAAAAGAAGUAUCAAAAGAAUAAGACUAGUAUAUACAUCAGAUAAUGCAUUUUGUAAGAUAAGUUUGAUGUGUAUAUAUAUACAUGUAUCGUGAAGUCAUUAGUCAUGUAUAAAAUCUUUUCUAAAAGUUUCUAUACAUAUACAAUUGAAGAAAACUAUUUAAAUACUACAAGACAAUAUAUUGAAAAUUGAGUAUUAUGAAUCGUGCGACGUAACGAGCAUCGUACAAUGCCUUAAAAACGUUAAGAUGCAUAUAAUUUUGUAAAACUUUACCUAGUUUUAUAGCAUAUGUAUCUUUUUGAAAGCUUUUUAUCGUAUCUAAGAGCGCAACGUUGCUCAAUUAAAUACUGUAUUCAUAUAGAUUUUAUUAUAAUCAAUAUGUAUAUAAAUGGAUGUUUAAUAAUAUUUAGAGUGCGACAGUUAAACGUGUAACGCGAUUGGAUUACUGUGUAAAGAAUGAAUAGAUUAAAUAGUUAAGGUAAUUUGAGCCGAAAUAUCAAGUAUGUAUAAAAUCACGACUGUGAUAAGUGAAAGUUAAGUUAUGCUGUUACUUCUAUAUCAUAACUUUUACCCUGUACCAAGUACCAACAUAUACCAUACUAUUAUAAAUUAUACCAGAAGUAUCAAAUUGUAAUAAUAGCUGAAAGUAUAAUUAUCAUGUGUUAAAUAAGGCAAGCAUUACUUUCCAAGCAUAUAAUGUGUUGAACACGUGCUCAUAAGCAAAUGUAUUCGAACAGUAUUGUGAUUAUUUGCACAAGUUCAAGUAAAGGAUACAUUAUUGCGUGCAUAUUGCUUGCAUAAUUUUUAUUGCAAGAUUUAAAAUGGCACAUAAAGUGAAAUAAGAUGCGUGAGAUUACAAAGAAUUUUAAUGUUUGUUAAUUUAUCAAAUAAACACAUAUGUUUCUAACUAGUAACUGCAUAAAAAUAUUAUCCGAUGAUAGCAAAAUGUAAAGUUACGAUUAUGGUGAAAAUCAAGUAUUUGUACGAUAUAUCAAUUUAGAGCUCCUGAAAAAUACUGUUAGAUACUAUAAUUUUUUAGAAUUACUGAUUGCAUAAAAUAUAAUAUAUUACUUUUCUAUUAGGCGGGAGAAAGAUUGACAUUUUACUGAUUACUACAGUAAAACAUCACAUAUUUUAUGCAAUAAAUAUUUUAUUUACAAGAUG